AUGAAUCAGGAGAAAGUUAAUAAAUUACAACAUCAAGUCCGCCAAGUCCGCAUUGGUGGCAAGGGGACACCAAGGAGAAAGAAGAAAGUUGUUCAUAGAAGUGCAACUACUGAUGAUAAAAAGUUACAGACUACCUUAAAGAAGAUUCCGGUCAACCAAAUUCCUAGUAUAGAAGAGGUCAACAUGAUUAAAAGUAAUGACACUGUUAUCCAUUUUGCAAAUCCCAAAGUACAAGCUUCUCUUGCUGCCAAUAUCUUUGCAAUUUCUGGUCAUGCAGAAAAUAAAACUGUUGCCGAAAUGAUACCUGGCAUUUUGAAUCAAAUGGGUGGUGAUAGACUUGCUAAUUUACAACACUUGGUUCAGAAAUAUGUGUCGGCAGGUGAAAAUCCUAAAGCCCCUGUAGAAGCCGAUGACGAUGUUCCAGAUUUGGUGGAAAACUUCGACGAAGCAUCGAAAGAUGAAUCUACUUAG